AUGGCAACUCUCCCCGAUCUCCCUUACGCCUACGAUGCCCUCGAGCCCUACAUCUCCCAGCAGAUCAUGACAUUGCACCACACCAAGCACCACCAGACCUACGUCAACGCGCUUAACGCUGCCGAAAGUCUCUACGCCAAAGCCUCCACCCCCAAAGAGCGCAUCGCACUGCAAGCCGCCCUCAAGUUCAACGGUGGAGGUCACAUCAACCACUCGCUCUUCUGGAAGAACCUCGCUCCGUCGUCCAACAAAGGCGGCAACGGCGGUAUCCUCAAAGACGGCCCCCUCAAGGAGCUCAUUGUCGAUCAGUUCGGCUCCCUCGACAACCUCAAGAAGGAGUUCAACGCGGCUACUCUCGGUAUCCAAGGCUCUGGCUGGGGCUGGCUCGGCUACAACCCGACCACCAAACGCCUCGAAAUUGCCACCACCGCCAACCAGGACCCCCUUCUUACUCUCGUUCCUCUCAUCGGCGUUGAUAUUUGGGAGCAUGCUUUCUACCUCCAGUACCUGAACGUUAAGCCCGAUUAUCUUAACGCUAUCUGGAAUGUCAUCAACUUCGAUGAGGCUGAGAAGCGUCUCCUCGAGCCCUCCAAGCUUUAA